GACAUGAUUGGGGGGAGGGGUCGAGCGAGCUAGACAAAAGACGCGGAGAGAGAGAGAGAGCGAGCCUCGGAGGAGGGGCGGCAGCGGAAGCUCGUCGUGCCGGCGUCUCCUCUCUGCUGCUGCCGUCCGGAGCCCGUCCCGGCGCAACCCGCGACAAGCUCGCCGCCGGCGCAUCGCUAAUCCCCGGAUAGCGGCCCGGCCGUCGUCGCCGUCCGUCUGCCGUAUCCAGCCGGAAAAUACCGGAACCUGCGCACCGGGGAGGGCGGGGGGUAGGGGACCUCCAUAGCAACAAACCGGCUCCACGGCAUUAUUGGUUGGUGACUGGAUUGCACCUGCAACCUUGACCGACACGUUUGCAUGCUACAAGGUGAUGCCGACUCCCCCGCUGCGAAUCAUCGGACCCUACAAACACGUGAAUACGUUUGAUUGGUGCGACUAAGACUGGACCUGGACGCGGAUGGGGAUGCGGAUGCAGGACGCCGUCGUGACCUCUCCUCGCCAUUCGGGCGCCUUGCUUUUCAGGGUGUAACGACAGAUUCGAGGCCAACGCUGCUUGCUAUGCUUCUACUAAAAUCAUGUCAACCUUUACAGACAAUGACAAUCAUCGAUUUCUUUGCAUCGCAAUGUAGUUUUGUCGGCAUAAAAGAUCAGUUUGCAGUGCAGUGACCCCAAAGUAUCAUUGAUUUUGUAUCCUUACGUUGAAUUGUGGCUUAUCUUUCUUUUGUUUCAUUUGCAGUGGUCUCCAUUCUUGCCGGAGAUUGGCAUUGGCGUAAUCUCCUGAAAUCACCACCCAAAAGAUCUCGAAUGGCUUUGUAGAAACAUCGCCUUGGCCUCUUUUCGAAAUCACACAUCUCCACGGAAGCUUCACAGCCGAGUCGAGAUGAAUCCCGAGUAGCACGACCGUGCGCCCGGACUCGAUCUCAUCAGUAGGACCAUGGAGCUGGAGCACUUCGAUGAACGCGACAAAGUUCGCCGCGGGCGCUCCGCUCGGGCAAAACGAGACGACUCGGGCCCGAGCUCGCGGGGCAGCAGCCUGGUUCCGAGCCCGGCGCACAGCACCAACUGCAGCUACUACCGCACCCGCACUUUGCAGGCGCUCACCUUGGAGAAGCGCGCCAAGAAGGUGCGCUUCUACCGCAACGGGGACCGCUCCUUUAAGGGGCUGGUGUACGCCGUUUCCAGCGACCGCUUCCGCUCGUACGACGCCCUGCUGGCGGAGCUGACCCGCUCGCUGGCCGACAACCUCCACCUGCCGCAAGGGGUGCGGACCAUCUACACCAUCGAUGGCGCAAAGAAGAUCAGCAGCAUGGACGAGCUGGCGGAAGGCGAGUGCUACGUUUGCGCCUCCAAUCAGCCAUACCGUAAAGCGGACUACACCAAGAUCUCCGUCCCUAGCUGGAAACCCGGCGCCGGGAGCGCCGCAGCGAGCUCGGGCAGGCCCUCCGCCGCGGCCGCCGGGCCCGCGGUCUGCGUCGGCGGCAAAGAGCGUCCCGAGGGCCGAGAGGGCAAAGACUUCAUCAAGCCCAAGUUGGUGACGGUGAUCCGGAGCGGCGUCAAGCCUCGCAAGGCGGUGCGGAUCCUCCUGAACAAGAAGACGGCUCACUCCUUCGAACAAGUACUGGCCGACAUCACGGAGGCCAUCAAGCUGGACUCGGGAGCCGUCAAGAAGCUGUACACGCUGGACGGAAAACAGCUGACCUGUCUACAGGACUUCUUCGGAGACGACGACGUGUUCAUGGCGUGCGGGCUGGAGAAGUUUCGCUACGCUCAGGACGACUUUGUGCUCACUCACGGUGGCAAGACGGCGGCCUUUGUUAACGAGUGCCGAGUCAAAGCAUCUCGUCCCGCCGUCGCUCAGAGGACUUCGACUCCUAAGAGUUCCGCUGGAUCUGGUUUGGCCUCGUCCAAGGCUUCAGCCAAAGCGGCGGCCCAGGCCAGGUCACGAGGAUCGGCCAAUGAGGAGUCAGGAUCGCAGGCCCCCGCAAAGUCGUCCAGGUCGAGCCCCUCCCCCACGGGUCCCGGGACACGCAGCAGCCUCAAGGUUUCUCCUCAUCGCGCUUCAUCCGUGGACGUCAACGGUGCGGCCGAGCACGCCGAUGGCGUCACUCCCGAAGAGAAUGGAAACCUGACUGUGUCGUCGACGCUCAUCAGCAGCAAGUACAAUAUCGGGAAAGUCAUCGGCGAUGGAAACUUUGCGGUGGUGAAGGAGUGCGUCGAGAGGUCCACUGGGCAGGAGUUCGCUCUGAAGAUCAUCGACAAAGCUCGCUGCUGCGGGAAGGAGCACCUGAUCGAGAACGAGGUGGCGGUCCUGCGGCGGGUUCGACACCCCAGCAUCAUCCAGCUCAUCGAGGUGGACGAAACGCCGUCUCAGCUCUUCCUGGUCAUGGAGCUGGUCAAGGGCGGCGACCUGUUCGACGCCAUCACGUCGUCCACCAAGUACAGCGAGCACGACGCCAGCGCCAUGGUGUACAACUUGGCCGGAGCCAUCAAGUACCUGCACAGGAUGAACAUCGUGCACAGAGACAUCAAGCCAGAAAACCUGCUGGUGUGCGAGUACCCGGAUGGCACCAAGUCGCUCAAACUGGGAGACUUCGGUUUGGCCACGGUGGUGGAGGGGCCGCUUUACACCGUUUGCGGCACGCCGACCUACGUGGCCCCGGAGAUCAUCGCCGAGACCGGUUACGGACUCAAGGUGGACAUCUGGGCGGCGGGCAUCAUCACCUACAUCCUCCUUUGUGGUUUCCCGCCCUUCAGAAGCGAGAACAACGUCCAGGAGGAGCUGUUCGAUCAGAUCCUCCGAGGCAAGCUGGAGUUCCCGUCUCCGGACUGGGACGCCGUCAGCCUUCCUGCCAAGAUGCUGAUCAGUCAGAUGCUGCAGGUGAACGUGGACGCUCGCUUCACGGCAGACGAAGUUCUCUCGCACCCAUGGGUGACGGUGAGCUUUCCCCUUUGUGAAGAUCACCUUUUUGUCCCCCUCCGUUGUUUGCCCCCCCAAAAACGACAUCAUUCCUUGCCGGGCGCGCUCAUGCAGGACGACGCUCCCAUCGACUCCGGCAACGAAGAUCCCGGCGUAACGGAAAAGGAACCUCCGGGGCUGGAAACCAAGCAGGUUCCUUCCCCGCUGGUCUAAACGUCAGCCACUGGACCGCAAACCUCACAACAUGUCUUCGAGCAAGUUCUUUUCCUGGAGAAUGUCAACAAAUAGAGAACUCCAUUCCCAUCGGUGACAAUCCCCGAGUCCUGUUUGUCCAAUCACCGUAAGCUUAUCCUCA